CAAAAUGUCGAGGUAGAUGGGAAAGGCCAACAUCCACCCCUUUUUCCUUUCGACGCAUUGCUGAGUUUGUUUGCUCCCGAUUCCCUUGGAACCCAAGCAGCGUUUGCGUCUGCCGAGGGAAGAGGAGGGAGAGGGCGUAGCGCGCUCCUCGGCAGCCAUCGGCUUGCCCCCACGCCGGAGGAUUGGGUCUGGAGGCAUGGGGAACUCUCUCGGGUGCUCGGCCUCCGGCGAGCGGUUGGUGUCCGCGGCUCGGGACGGCGAUCUAAUCGAAGCCCGCAUGCUGCUGGAGUUCAACCCUGGACUCGCCAAGUACUCCACCUUCCGUGGCCUCAACUCCCCUCUACAUUUCGCCGCCGCCAAGGGCCACAACGAGAUCGUGACGCUGCUGCUAGAGAAUGGGGCCGACGUGAAUCUGAGAAACUAUUGUGGUCAGACAGCAUUGAUGCAAGCUUGUCGUCACGGUCAUUGGGAGGUGGUGCAGACUCUGCUCAUCUACAGAAGCAUUGUGACAAGAACGGACUAUUUGAACGGCCGGAGUGCCCUGCACUUUGCAGCGGUCGGGGGACAUGUGCGCUGCAUUAGGCUGCUGGUGGCGGAUUUCAUCCCUAGCGCUCCGUAUGACAUGAUUGCUGCAGAAAAGGAUGGCACAGGCAGCCCGGGGCGUGCUUUGGACCAAAAAUAUGAUCGGUCUGCGCUGAUGAAGUUUAUUAACAAACCUUCCGAUGGAGGAAUCACAGCAUUACACAUGACAGCUUUGAAUGGUUACUUUGAUUGUGUACAACUCCUACUGGAUUUGGGUGCUAAUAUCUCUGUAGCUACAUUUAACUAUGGCUCAUCUUUCAAUUUGAUAGGAGCUGGAAGCACUCCUUUACAUUAUGCAGCUUGUGGAGGGAAUCUUAAAUGUUGCCAGAUUCUCCUUGCUAGAGGUGCUAGCAGGUUGGCGUUGAACUGUAAUGGAUGGCUACCGCUGGAUGCUGCGAAAGUAUGGAGACGACGGUGUCUGGAACCAUUUUUGAACCCAAAUUCAGAACUGAAUCUUCCUGCAUUUCCACUAUCAAAUUACCUUUCCUUGCCCCUCUUGAGUAUACUUAACAUAGCAAGGGAGUGUGGGUUGCAGCCUUCAGUUUUAUCUGAUAGUUAUGAUCUCUGUGCUGUCUGCCUCGAAAGAACUUGCAGUGUUGCUGCAGAAGGCUGUGGCCAUGAACUAUGUGUUCAGUGUGCACUCUAUCUUUGUUCAACAAGCAGCACUCUAUCUGCAAUUGCCGAUCCACCUGGCUCAAUUCCAUGCCCUCUAUGCCGAAAUGGAAUAGUUUCUUUCGUCAAAUUACCUGCAACCCCGGCUAAGGGGCUGAAGCCAAACCUAGCACUCACUCUCUGCAGCCCCUGCAUUUUAACUCCAUGCGCCGUUGAUAUUCCCAUCUCAAAUAGAAUAGAGGCGCCACACAGGAAUCAGGCAGCUUCUUCUGAGCUCGUAUGCCCGCUUGUUUGUACCCCGUUCUCGGCUGGUUUCAUCUCCCCCAACUAUGAUGAUGAGCCAUGUCCAUCAAGUGAAUCCCAAGUAGAAGUUCAACCACAAUCAGCACGCUCGACGCAGACUACUUCCAGCGAGCUGGAUAAAAUAGACGAGCAGAAAGCCGAUCCUAGCUGCUCAGGUAUGUUCUGGGGUCGAAGAAGCUGCAAUAGGGAGCAUCAGUGCAAUUCCGAAAUAAAUGCUGGCUGGAAAUGGAAAACAAGCGACGACAAACCGGAAAGGCCACACAACUUGAGGCCAUUCGAUCUAUUUUCACUCCUUUCUUCUAACUUCGUCCUCGCCCUUUGUCCACUCUUCAUUUCGGUCGAGGAGAACGGAGAAUUGAAGCAGGAAAAGCGGUGCUUGGGUAAGGCUCGCGAGUCAAAAGUUUGGGUUUUUUUUUGUUGCUUCGUCGGCGGCGCUGACGAGGUGUUUCUUGUCUGCGCAGGGAAGAUGGGCGUGGGAGUGUCGAGCGUCAUGGGGCCGGAUGGUGAGGCUGGCGGCCUCCCGACGGGGCUGGGGGAUCUCCCGGAGAACUGCGUCGCGGCGGUUCUUGCCUACCUUGAGCCGCUGGAAAUCUGCCGGGCGGCCCGGCUCAGCCGGACAUUUCGGGGGGCGUCCUCCUCGGACUCGGUGUGGGAGACGAAGCUCCCGAGGAAUUACCGGCAUCUGUUGGCGCUGGCCACGGAUGAGGAAAACCCUUACAAAAAGAGCCGUCUUUGCAAGAAAGAGAUCUAUGCGCGGCUGUGUCGUCCGGUUCCCUUGGAUGGGGGUACCAAGGAAUUUUGGCUCGAGAGGACCAGUGGUGGAAUCUGUAUGUCAAUUUCCUCGAGGGCUUUGCUGAUAACAGGGAUUGAUGAUCGGAGAUACUGGAGCUAUCUCACUACAGAGGAAUCUGGAUUCCACUCGGUAGCUUACCUUCAUCAAACUUGGUGGUUUGAGGUAGAUGGAGAAGUUGACUUUUGCUUCCCAGCUGGUUCCUACAGCCUCUUCUUCCGCCUCCACUUAGGGCGUGCCACCAAGCGACUCGGUCGUCGAAUAUGCAUCACUGAACACAUACAUGGGUGGGACAUAAAGCCGGUGCGGUUUCAGCUGUCCACUUCAGAUGGUCAACUUGCUCAAUCCAAGUGUUACCUAGAUAAGAUUGGGAGCUGGAUCCUAUACCAUGCAGGUGAUUUUGUCGUAGAGAACUCUGAUGUGCCGACCAACCUCAAGUUCUCGAUGAAGCAGAUCGACUGCACACACACAAAAGGUGGCCUUUGUGUUGAUUCUGUCUUCAUCUAUCCCAAAGGUUUUAGACAAGGAAAAAUCUUUGCCGCUGACCUGAUGACAUAGAAUAGAUCAAGCAGUCUUUACUGAAUUAGAAGAUACCAGCAGUAGAGCUUAGUGGUUUUGCUCUCUUGUAAGCAAUUGAGUGCAAAUAAUGUACAUAUUUGUGUCAGGAACUUCAUGGACUCUCAGAAGUUCCUGAAUGAAGCUUUUGAAUGGGUGUGUGUAUGAUUUCUUGAGAUCAAAUUUUCGAAAAGUUGGAGAAACUUGAACUUGAACUUA